AUGGCUGACAACUACACCCAACUUGGUUUCGAUGAAGAAGAAACAGAAGCGUUUAAUGGGAUGACCGCACGAGAAAGAAGGGCAUUUAACCGCCUGCGAGACGACAAUUCAAGAAUUGUAUUUGUUCAAGCACUCGUGGUCAAAGAAAAAUCUUGGAAAGAAAAAUCUGUAUGUUUAUCUAAAAGAAACAUAUUUUUGUUAGAAUAUUUUAUUAAAACUGUUUUAGCGCCUUCGUCGUUUCUUAACAUAACUUUUUCGUUAGGACCUUGGUCAAAACCUAGUUGGCUGUGGUCUCAACAUGGCUGCCCUAACUGUACUUAUUGUUCUUGCUUCGACUGUGUACAAAAAUGA